AUGCCUUCCUUCACAGUCUACAAGGGCAGCAAAGACGGAAAAGUCAUCAAGACCGAAACCACCAAACCAGACCUCAAAGGCGACCAAGUCUUACUUCGAAUCACUGCCUCCGGCCUCUGUGGGACAGAUAGCCACUACAGGCACGUUGAUCAAGGCCUUGGUCAUGAGGGAGUAGGCGUUAUCGAGCAAGUCGGUCCAGCGGUGACACAUCUCAAAGCCGGGGACCGUGUAGGAUUCGGGUACUUGCACGACUCUUGCGGACACUGCCAGGAGUGUCUCGCUGGGAGAGAAACAUACUGCCCUCAGCGCAAACUGUAUGGGUAUGCGGAUCUCGAUCAGGGCUCUUUUGCUAGCCAUGCAGUGUGGCGCGAAUCGUAUCUUUUUAAGAUUCCCGACAGCAUGAGCGAUGAGGUCUGUGCGCCACUAAUGUGUGGUGGUGCGACUGUCUUCAACACCCUCAAUGCAUACAACUUCCAGCCGACGGAGACGGUCGCCAUCAUGGGAGUCGGAGGACUAGGCCACCUCGCCAUUCAGUUCGCCGCUAAGAUGGGAGCCCAUGUCAUUGUUCUCUCCAGCUCAGACCGCAAGAAGGACGAAGCAAUGAGACUCGGAGCUCACGAGUUCAUCGCCACCAAGGAUGUAGAGAAGAUUGAGACUUCGAAGCCGAUCAAUCGUCUCCUUGUGACCACUUCCGCGCAGCCCGAGUGGCAGAAGAUCGUCCCCGCACUGGCCCCGGGUGCGACCAUCCAUCCUUUGUCGGUCGAUGAAGGCAACUUCUCGAUGCCGUACAUCCCACUUUUGGCCGGAGGUCUGACUGUGCAAGGAUCCAUUGUUGCCUCGAGGUAUAUUCAAAACCGGAUGCUUGAGUUCGCGGCUCUGCAUAAGAUUGAGCCGAUUAUUGAGAAGUUUCCCAUGAACGAGACAGCGAUUAAUGAGGCGAUGGACAAGCUUGCUGCAGGCAAUAUGCGGUAUCGUGGUGUCUUCAUUGCCGAAUAA